AUGCUGCUCUACCCAUCAAGAUCCCUCGCCUUUUCCUCACUCUCCGCGCUGCUGUCUUUCCGCGCCUGGCAGUUCCCGCGUGGACUCCUCGCGCUAACCACCACCCGCCAGCCCUUCUCCUCCGCAGCCUCCGCCGCUUCCGCGGGUCGUUCUUCGGAAACCCGGUUCCCAGGCUUCGCGCCACGUGGGGUGGGACAGUCGCCGUUAGCUCAGUCCCUGCCGACUGUUGCUGAGUAUGGCAGAUCAGCUGUCAGCGACGGUCCCGCACUCACUUCUAGAGAAAGACGUGGUCCGAGGAGGGCGGACGAUGGAGGCCGCUUAACCUCUGUCGUGGGUCUCGAUUCUCGUGCCGGCCUUUCUGAAGAUAAAACCCUUGGCGUAACGACCAUCGCUAACGGAGUUCUUAACGGGGUCAGUCGAGACGACUUUCACGAAUCCAUCAACGGCGCUACUAACGAAGCUCCUAUCGAUGCCGACACUUUCCGGGCCGCCUCGGUGGACAUUAACAGGGAGACGCGACCCAUGCGAUUCGACGAGAUCAUUGGGCAGGAUAAUACGGUGGAGCUUCUCAAAGCCGCCGUGGCCGAUAACCAAGUCGUUUCCGCGUACCUCUUCUCAGGCCCGCACGGCACGGGGAAAACCUCUGCUGCGCGCAUCCUCGCUUCCGCCAUCGGCUGCUCCGCGCGGAAGCCUGGCGACGGAAACCCGUGCGGCGGGAAGUGCCCGCACUGCCGCGCCGUGGCGGACGGGACGAGCGAAGUCGUGGUGGAGAUCGACGCGGCGAGCGACCGCGGGGUGGCGGUCGCGCGGCAGAUCAUAAACGACGUAGAGAAGGCACCGGAUGGCACGCGGAUUGUGCGCAUUAUUGACGAGUGCCACAUGCUCACGAGAGAAGCUUUGGCGGCGCUGCUGAAGACGCUGGAGGAACCAGUGGGCAACCCGUUGUUCAUCCUCGUUACCACCGAUCCUGGGCAGUUGCCCAGCACGAACCCCUCGCGCUGCCACAAGCUCGCGUUCUCGGCCGUGCCCAAUGAGGUCAUGGUGAAGGACCUGCGGAGGAUUGCGCAGUUGAAGCGGUGGGAGGCCUCUGAUGACGGGCUGCGCGCGAUUGCGGAGGAGGCGGCGGGGUCGAUGCGCGACGCGAAGAAGAUUCUGCAGCAGCUGAGCCUGCUGAAGAAGCGGAUCACGGGAGACCUGGUGCUCGAUCAUGUGCGCGCGGGGAGGGAGGGGGGAAGGGGGACGGGAGGAACGGGGAGGGGGCGGGAGUGGGACGGGAGGGGCCGGGAGGGGCCGGGAAGGGCGGGGAGGGGGGAAAGGGGACGGAAAGGGAAGACGGGCAGGUUUAGGGAAGGGGAUUUUUCUCUUGUCGCUCCCACGCACAUUCCCUCCUCACCCUUCGUUGACGCCACUCUCAACCCGUCCUCCACCCUCUUCUCCUCCCUCACUCUCCUCUGUUCUCUCACUCUCCUCUGUUCUCUCACUCUCCCCUCCUCCCCCGUUCUCCUCUCCCCCCACGUUCUCCUCUCCCGCCUCACUCUCCUCUCCUUUCCCACCUUCCUCUCCUCCCUCGGUGUCCUCUCUUAUCCCGCGCCCCUCCAUCCAUCCGCCCCUCAGUUCAAGCGGUUGCCGCAGUGGAAGGCGGAGGUGAUGCUGGUGCUCGCGCUGAGCGACGUGCAGCCAACGGGGGUGGUGGAGGCGGCCAAGGACCUGGAGCGCAGGGGCGUGGCGUUCCCAGAGGUGCUGCGCCAGCUUAGGGAUGCCGCCACUGACGCGCUCACGCGCAAGGGCACCAAUCGACAGCUCGAUUUCAUCGCCGCUUCUCCUGAGGGCCGGUCGCUGCUGCAAGCAGUGGUGAAGGAGUUAAGAGAGGCAGAGAAGCAGCAGAAAGAGGAACCGACCAACAUGAAGCUGUUUAUAUCAUUCCUCGUGGAGCUGCCUCUCCUCUUAGAGAAAUACCCCUGCUCCUUCCACAUUUCAGCCGCAGCCGACUCCGCUUCCUCCUCCUCUCCUUCGCCCCCCUCGCACCCCCCCUCCUCUCUCAUGGCACCAGCGCAUGCGCCAAGCGGGGCUGCACGGGCGGAGGGGGAGUGGGGGGAGCUGGCGAGGAAAGCCAUGGCGGAGAUGACGCCCCACCAGCGCUCUCUGUUCACGCAGCAGGCCUGCAUCGUUGCUGUCACCGAUACCUCUGCCACCGAUACCACUGUCACGCUGAGCUUCCUCCAGGCGUGGAUAAAAAAGCUCAACGACGGGAGGCGCAAGACAAUCAUUCCCGGCUUCACUGAAGCCUUCUCAAAGGCCCUCCGCAGCCGGGUGACCAUACAGCUGGUGGACAAAGAGUCCCUGGGGGCUGCUACGGAUGCACCCAGUGCGGAGGACCUAGCAGCCGCGGCCUCUGCAUCUGCUGCUGCUGCUGCUAAGUCUGACACAGUCCCCAAGGGGGCUGGAAGGAAAGUGCCUGAGGAGAGACGCAGAGUGAGGGAGGGUGUCAGUCAGUGGGUGCCUGAGGAGGAGGGGAGCGGGUUGGUGGUAACGAGUCCCCAACCAGCCAAAGGCAAGGAAGUCUGGAAGAACAGUCAAGCACGUGAGGCGAAGGCUGGGCGUGGUCACUUGUCUCAGCCCUCGCCUGCCCAGUUGGAGGCAGCUGCCGCUAAGUCCGCUGCCAAGGUUGCAGCAGCCAGAAGAGCCGGGCAGGCACGGGCAGCAGCGAAGAUGCGAGAGACCCAUAGAAGAGAAGGCCAGCAGGCACUGCAGGGACCUUCGCCGGCGCUGCCAACAGUUGUGAUUCCGGGAGCAGCAGAUGCUUAUGGUUCCUUCAAUCGGAGUGAAGUUUUGAAGAUAGAGGCGGGUUCCGGGUCAGGUGAAUCGGAGAGCGAGCAUGGUCGUGGUGCUGCUGAUGGCUGGGACUCGAAUGAGGUUUCGAUGCAUGGUCCUUCGCGGGUGAAUGCUGUGCCUUCGACUCUCCCUGCGAAUGCUGGCUUCAGCACAGCUUUCAGUGCCAGCAGCAGCAGUGGUGGCAAUGAUAUCACGGCAGAAGCGGUGGGGCAUGGAACGGAGUUGCCAUCACCAGAGUUGGUGGAUUUUGGAAUUACAGAAGCAGGUCAGCCAAGAACUCCUGCACCCGAUGAAGUGACAGGAACUGUCAUUCUUGGUGGUGGUGAGGCAGACCACGGGAUGACAGUGGGGAGUUUGAGCCAUGAUUAUCAAGCAUCGAUCACUGAUGCACAGCCAGGGCCUAGCUCUGUGCCAAAAGUCAAGGCGGAGACUGAAGGCGCUUUUUUGGGGAGCCACGAGUGUGAUGCAGUUGUGGAGGGCCCUGCAGGGGGCGCUCUUGUGAAUGGGGUUGAGAACGGUGAUGUGGUGGAGGAUACUGUGCAUGAUGAAUCUGAUGUGGAGGCUGUGGGUGCAGCAGAAUCUGAUGUGGAGGCUGUGGGUGCAGCAGAAUCUGAUGUGGAGGCUGUGGGUGCAGCAGAAUCUGAUGUGGAGGUCAUGGAUGCAGCAGAAUCUGAUGUGGAGGUAGUGGGUGCAGCAGAAUCUGAUGUGGAGGCUGUGGGUGCAGCAGAAUCUGAUGUGGAGGCUGUGGGUGCAGCAGCAGCUUAUGUUGAAGAUGCUGCUGUUGUCCCUGCAUCUACCGUGGGAGCUGAUAUGGAGGCAGCUGAGACUGGCGCCAAUGCUGGAGGCAGCAGCAUUUCUGCUCAUGUCAAUCCCAGAGUUGCUGCUGCUGAAGUUGACACUGGCAUGGAUGCAGCUUAUCCCGUGGAUGGUCGUGUGGGAUUCAGAGGCUAUCCUGAUUCUGGCCGGCGUGAAGAAGGUGGUGCUCUUGCUGCUUCCCGCAUGUCCCCCAGCCGUGGCACCCGUCCUACCGUUGCCACAGCUUCCGCUGGUCGCGGGACCAGUGGCUCAAACGUUGGGGGAAGCACUGGUGGGGCCGUGCGCAUGGCCUUUGCACCUCGUGGCAGGACUCGGGGACCUUUUAAGCCCAAGGCUUUGCCAAGUGACCAUGGGGCUCUCAGUAGGACUGAUCCUGGAGCUGAGCCAGGGAGGCCGGUGAAUGAUGUUAAGACUGGUGGAAGGUUUGAUGAUUUGGAUCCUGCAGAAGCUGCUGCGAUAGCGCUUUGCAAAGCUUUUGGAGGCAGGCUUUUUGUAUUGAGAGAGGACAACGACAGGGAGGUGGACAAGUAA